AACUCUCGUUGAGCGGUUCAUCGAACUUCUCAGACAGAAGUUAGACUAUGUUGAGUUACUUUGUAUUUCUCGUAAUUGGCGCUCUUCAGCUAUGAUCUUGAACUGCAAUUGAUCAGUUUGUCGCCAAGAUUCGUCGUGUGCGCUACACAAAUCACGACUCGUUAAAGGCUACGCUGUUUUGAUUGCUGAGCAAAGCAAACGCAAUUGUAAACAAACUUGGAAAGGAAGAUCAAUUUUCAAGAUGUCUUUGUUUAUUCGCAAACUGGUUGUAAAACGAACACACGAAACAGAUGUCGUCGUUGGCCGAAACAUGUACAAAUGGUUCGAAGAUGGGUAUAUCUUUUGGUUUGAACCCUACUUUGAAUAUCUUCCGUUUGAGAUAAUGGUGGAGUUGCUCAAGUAUCUCAAUGCAAGUGAUCGUAACGCUCUGGCGGAAGCUUGUAAAGGCUUUUAUGAGGGACUAAAGCAUCCGUACUUUAUGCGCUCAACUUGUCUACACAUUCAUGAAAUAGAGUUCGAAGACAACAUCGAACCAGUGCGUAGCCUCUUAUCCGCAUGCCGGUACUUCCCCAACGUUAAGCUAACAAAGAUCGCUUUCGGAAACCGAAGUGAUUUUUGGGCCGAGUUCGGUGAGUCCAUCGAAGAGUUAACCUUCGACAACUGUGUCUUGUGGAAGCAGAAACUGUUAUCGAUUCUUCGAUACACCUAUCAACUGAAGCGUUUAAACAUCGAAAACUGUCCGGACCUGUUCCGCUCGUGGAAGGUAAUCGAGAACGUCACGGUUAUGUUGUGCCCGGCGAUGCCGCAGCUUCGUCACAUCGGUCUCGCCAGCAAUAGCAAAAUUGAGCCGCAUCAUUUCGAUUUCAUCGUUGGCAUGGCGCCCAAUCUCGAUUCACUAGACGUGUCGAACUGUUUCAAGGGAAUUGACGCGGCGCAUCGUGUGCGGAUGCUUGGGCACGUGUUGCGUUUCCUGGCGGAUCACCAGCACGAGAUUCGUCACUUUUACAUUGGCGAUACACCAAUCGAUAAUCUAUUCUUGCGUCAUUUGGCGGAUAUCAAGGAGUUACGGUUGAACAGCUUGAGUCUGAUGGUGUGUGACAAGGUGCCAUCGACUGAUGCGGGGAUCAUCGACUUGAUACGGUUGCAGACGAAUGUGACGUAUCUAGAUUUGUCGAGAUCGUUAGCGUUGCAUGAUUCAUGCUUGAUUGAGAUUUGUAAAUCCAUGCCCAUGUUGGAGACAUUGAUCUUAAAUCGUUGUUGGAUGAUUACGGAUUAUGGCAUCAUGGCUAUCAAGAAUUUAGAUAGAUUGAAGCAUAUAGAUUUGACGAAUUGCGAAAGAAUUAGCGAUACGGGGAUUAUGGGCGGAUUGUUGACUCACAACAGACAGCGGCGCUUAAGAAAACUGUAUCUAGGAUUACUGACAAACAUUGGAGAGAUUGUCUUCAUGAAGAUUUCUUUCGAGUUGAACAACUUAAGUGUACUCGAUCUCGGAGGUUGCUCUAAUUGUAUCAACGAUCGAUCGAUACAAUACAUUUUCUAUCAUAUGACAGGAUUGCAGGAAUUGAAUUUGGAUUGCUGUGCUAAGCUAACGGAUGCUGGUCUAACAGGAGUAGAUCUGCCCGAGUGCGCGAUUGCCAUCUGGGAUCUCGAGAUGACCUUCUCGAUCGCUGAUCUGAAAAGGCUACGUUCAUUGAAUCUCUCCGGAUGCUAUCGAGUUACGAACUACUCAUUAAGGAUUAGAUUUCAAUUUCAAGAGUUAAAGGAGCUUAUUUUAAAUCGCUUGCCGAUAUCAGAUUAUGGCGUGGAAAAGCUAGCUUCGAAUUGUCCUUCACUCGAAAUGAUCGAUUUUAGCGAAUGUCAAAACGUGAACGAUCGGUGCGUAGAAAUACUGUCGAAGACCUGCACCCGCUUGACUACUCUGAAACUACAAAACUGUGCCGAAAUUACCGAUCUUGCUAUUGAUCACCUGGUCAAACACUGCACCACAUUGAAGCACCUGAACAUUCGCGGCUGCUACAAAAUCUCCGCCGAGGCAGAAGCUAGUUUGGUCACCAUCAGAACACUGAGACACGUACUGGCCAACGAGCGGGAAGAAACCGCUUCCGACAGUAAAUAGAAGAAUAAACGGUAGACUACACCGGCCGAAUGCAAAGAUAUGUUAAACAAAAAAAUCCAAGGUAAAAUUUGUAGAAAGAAAACAAAACCAAAAAACGCCGGAGAUGUGUGCAAUAAAAUUAUUAAAUCAUAUAAA